AAUGCCACACAGUACACACAGAGAUACAGACAGUCUGAAAUAGACAGUCCUCUAGUGUAGAGAACUAAUGAACUCAAUAAUGGAGAACGGGAUGGAUGGUCUUCACCACUCUGGAGUCGAAAUGGUCCAAUACCUCCAGAUGAACUACAAGAGUUCCCAAGACUGGUUCAUGUUCAUCUCCUUUGCUGCUGAUCUAAGAAAUACUUUCUUCAUUUUUUUCCCCAUCUGGUUCCACCUUUGUGAGUCAGUGGGCAUCAAACUAAUCUGGGUGGCAGUGAUCGGGGACUGGCUCAACCUUGUCUUCAAGUGGAUUCUUUUUGGCCAAAGACCAUAUUGGUGGGUUCAUGACACAGAUUACUAUGGAAAUACAACAGCUCCAGUCAUUGAACAGUUUCCCGUGACAUGUGAGACUGGCCCAGGAAGUCCUUCAGGCCAUGCUAUGGGGUCUGCUGGAAUUUAUUACGUCAUGGUCACAGCCAUCCUUACAAUCAUGUUAAAGAAAAAGGAAUCCAUGUUUAAAAGCUGGUGUCUGCGUGGAGCACUUUGGAGUGUCUUUUGGGCGGUCCAAGUCUGUGUCUGCUUAUCUAGAAUCUUUUUGGCUGCACAUUUCCCACACCAGGUUGUAGCUGGUGUCAUUUCAGGCAUGCUAGUGGCAGAAGCAUUCCAUCACACACAAUCUAUCUACAAGUCCAGUCUCAAGAAAUACAUCCUUACCACCCUUUUCCUGUUUUCAUUCGCUUUGGGAUUCUACCUCAUUCUUAAGGCUAUGGGUGUGGACCUCCUGUGGACAGUGGAGAAGGCUAAGAAAUGGUGUGAAAGACCUGAAUGGAUCCAUAUCGACACCACUCCUUUUGCUGGUCUCCUUAGAAAUUUGGGCAUCUUCUUCGGCUUAGGGCUGGCUCUCAACUCUAAACUUUACCAAGACAGCUGUCAUGGCAAGCAAGGAAGCCAGUUCACCUUCCGAAUUUGCUGUAUCAUAGCUUCCCUUUUUGUUCUACAUCUCUUUGACUCUUUUAAGCCACCCACUAAAGUGGAGAUGCUUUUUUAUGCCCUUUCAUUCUGCAAAAGUGCUGCUGUGCCCCUGGCUGCCGUAGGAAUUAUCCCUUAUUGUGUUUCUCAGCUUCUUCACCAACAAAGUAAAAAGAUUCUCUAGGGUUUUUUAUUUUUAUUUUUAUAUAUUGCAUAGUUUUUUAAAUUGACAAAAUAUAAGCCAUUGGUACACACAGAAGACUCUUCCAGAUAUUGUCAUGCUGUCUUCCAUUAUGAGCACUAAUGUUUUUUAAAGAAUAUGAUUCGAUGAAAAGCAGAGACUCUAUUGCUUAGGAAUGUCACUUUUAACAGAAAGUAUUGUGACCAUCACCAUCAUGUUGAUGUUGUCAGAGGAUUUUAAAGUGACCCAUAAGUGGCGUGGACAUGUUGAGAAACCCUUGGAGCAUCAAAUUCAAAUAGUAGUAAAGAAGUAAUUGAAUAUUUCAUAAUAUAUUAUAUAAUAUAUUAUACAUUUUCUACAAUUUAGCUUCUUUUCGAAUUUGGAAUGACUUUUCAUAUUAUAUUCCCACAAUCCUUUUCAAGAAAACAGACUUUUAUGGCACAUCCAUUGAAGGAGUUACAAUAAUUAUCUAUCAAGCUGUUCUUAAUCUACAACUCCAGUCCUUGGCUUCCAGCUAACAGAUGUACCUGGACGUAAUGGUACUUUGGGUCUGAAAAUAAUAAGCAAGCUAAGGAUUUUGUAACCCAAUAUUAAUAUACAGGCAGUCAGAGAUGUAAUACUCUAAAUGGUUAAAAUGUGUCUGCUUUUUUAUAGUUAGUAUCUUUAUUAUUAUAUAUUUAUUCACAGAUUAGCACCUGAUGUUAUUUGGUUAUUUUAACCACAACAGACAUUGUUAACUGUGUAAAGUUUUUAAUAAAAAAAAAAAAUACACAUUA